CUCGCCAAGUAUUGACUUCCUUUUCCUGGUGACGUAAUCGCCUCACCGUACAUCAUUGCAUCGCGAGAGCGCGGGGGAAACUCGCGCACGCGCAGAUUCGUGCUCCAAGUUUGUGCACGGUGAGCUUCAUGGUGUAGCGUCUCGCUGUGUGAGGAAACAAUGGCGACUGCGGGAACUGCGGCGACUGCGGCGGGAGGCACGGGCUCCGGGGGAUCAGCGGCCGGCCAGGCGGGACCCGGGGCUUCGGUGGGCAGGAAGAAGGACGGAGGCCCGUCGGCUAAAUUCUGGGAGAGCGCUGAGACGGUCUCGCAGCUCGAGACGGUUCGGCAGUGGGUCGGAAAACACUACAAAAAGUAUGUUCAGGCCGACUCUCCGUCCUGUAAAUCUUUGGCUGGACUGGUGAUUCAGCUGCUCCAGUUCCAGGAGGAUGCGUUCGGACGCCGAGUGAGCAAUCCGGCCCUCACCAAACUCCCUGCGAAGAGCUUCUUAGACUUUAAAGCUGGUGGAGCUCUGUGUCACAUCCUGGGAUCUGCUUAUAAGUUCAAGAGUGAACAGGGAUGGCGUCGAUUCGAUUUGCAGAAUCCAUCCAGGAUGGACAGAAAUGUGGAAAUGUUUAUGAAUAUUGAGAAAACUCUUGCACAGAAUAACUGUCUGACUCGACCAAACGUGUACAUCGCAUCUGACGUGGACCAAAAACAGGCUAGCAAACUGAAAGACAUCAUUAAGAGACAUCAGGGAUCCAUCACUGAUGACAAAUCCAAAGCCACACAUCUCAUAUAUCCUUCUCCAGCUCAGACAGAGGAAGAGGAGUGGCUGCGUCCCGUCAUGCGCAAAGACAAACAGGUGCUGGUGCACUGGGGGAAUUAUCCAGACAGUUACGAUACCUGGGUUUCUGCCAGUGACAUGGACGGUGAGAUUGAGGAUCCUCCGAGCUCAGAGAAACCGUGGAGGGUGCACGCCAAGUGGGUCCUGGAUACGGACGCGUUUAACGAGUGGAUGAACGAGGAAGAUUACGAAGUAGACGAGAACAGGAAGCCGGUGAUCUUCCGCCAGCGCAUCUUCCCUAAAGAGGAGGAGUCUUCCCGUACACCUGAUCGUAAGGAGCGAAAGUCACUGGCUGGAGGAAAGAAGAGGCGUCGCUCCCCAUCCCCCCCGAGCACCCCCGCUGAGUCCCGCAAGAAGGGCAACAAGAAGGGGAACACCGGGCCACACUGGAAGCGCAGAGGACAUCGUGAUGAUGAUGAGCAGGACGAAGAUCUCACCAAGGAUAUGGAGGAUCCAUCUCCUGUUCCAGGAAUGGAGGAGGUUUCACUGCCUAAGAAUGUGAAUCAGAAGAAGGACAGUGAGAACGCCCCGGUUAAAGGAGGAACCAUGGCUGAUCUGGAUGAACAGGAAGACGGCUCUGUGGGUUCUGGUGGGAAGGAUGAUGAUGAACAGGGAAUGGAGGUAAACCGUCUCAUGGACUCUGGUGAAGAUAACGUGACCGAACAAACGCAUCACAUCAUCAUUCCCAGCUACUCGGCCUGGUUCGACUACAACUCGAUUCAUGAAAUAGAGAGACGAGCCUUACCAGAGUUCUUUAAUGGAAAAAACAAGUCUAAAUCUCCAGAGAUAUAUCUCGCGUAUCGUAACUUCAUGAUCGAUACGUACCGACUGAACCCUCAGGAAUAUCUCACCUCCACCUCCUGCAGACGCAACCUCACUGGAGAUGUGUGUGCUGUUAUGAGGGUGCACGCAUUCCUGGAGCAGUGGGGUCUCAUUAAUUAUCAGGUGGAUGCUGACAGCAGGCCGAUGCCAAUGGGUCCUCCACCCACACCCCACUUUAACGUUCUUGCUGAUACUCCAUCAGGUCUUGUCCCUCUCCACCAUCGCCCCCCGCAGGUUCCCUCGGCUCAGCAGAUGCUCAACUUCCCAGAGAAAAGCAAAGAAAAACCCACCGACCUGCAGAACUUUGGCCUCAGGACAGAUAUGUACUCGAAGAAGAAUCCUAAGAGUAAAGGAGGAAGUGGUACCCGAGAAUGGACUGAGCAGGAAACUCUGCUGCUGUUAGAGGCUUUGGAGAUGUAUAAGGACGACUGGAACAAGGUUUCGGAGCAUGUUGGCAGCAGGACACAGGACGAGUGUAUCCUUCAUUUCCUGCGGCUGCCUAUUGAGGACCCGUACCUGGAGAGUUCGGAGGCGUCUCUCGGGCCCCUGGCGUAUCAGCCCGUCCCUUUCAGCCAGUCAGGAAACCCUGUGAUGAGCACCGUGGCCUUCCUCGCAUCCGUGGUGGACCCCAGAGUGGCUGCAGCUGCCGCUAAGGCUGCUCUCGAGGAGUUCUCCCGUGUGAGAGAGGAAGUCCCAGCUGAGCUGGUCGAGGCUCAUGUGAAGAAGGUUCAGGAGGCAGCGAGGAGCACAGGGAAAGUGGACCCCUCCUAUGGCCUGGACAGCAGCGGCAUCGCGGGAACAGCUCCGGACGAGCCGGAGAAAACCGAAACCACAGAAACCGAGAAGAUGGAAACAGAUUCGGAGACUCAGCAGGGAGAGAAGACUGAGUCUAAGGAGGAGACAGAGAAAGUGAGUGAGGCAGCAGAGAAACCAGCGGAGGGAGAGAAAGUGAAGAGUGAGAUGGCAGAGAAACCCGAGGGUGAGGAAGAUGAGGGUGAUGGUGUAGAGCUGAAGGAAGUCGGUGCUGCUGAUGAAAAAGAGAAAGAGGAGGCGAUGGAAGUGACUGAAGGAGUGAAGGAGGGAGAGGAAACCACGACAGAGGAUAGCAAGAAGAAGCUGGAGCUUGAUAUCGGAGAGGGAAAUGUUGCCACUGCUGCGGCUGCCGCUCUCGCCUCUGCUGCCACAAAGGCUAAGCACUUGGCAGCAGUGGAGGAGAGGAAGAUCAAGUCUCUGGUGGCUCUGCUGGUGGAGACACAGAUGAAGAAGUUGGAGAUUAAACUGCGUCACUUUGAGGAGCUGGAGACCAUCAUGGACCGAGAGAAAGAGGCGUUGGAGUUGCAGAGACAGCAGUUGUUGACGGAGAGGCAGGCGUUCCACAUGGAGCAGCUGAAGUAUGCUGAGAUGAAAGCACGUCAGCAGAUGGAGCAACAGGCAGCAGCAGCCGCUGCAGCUCAGCAUGGACAGUUAGCCCCGCCCUCUCAACAUGGUGCUCCUCCCCCAUCUCAUAUACCGCCUCCAGGUAUGCAUCCGGGGCCUGGAUACCCCCCGAUGCACCACCCCAUGGGGCCGCAUCAUCCUCCACAGACAGUACCAAUGGUUGGACCAGUGCAGCCCAUGUCUGGCCGUAUGCUGCCCGUUGCCCCCCCUGGUGCGAUGCCCGGAGCACCACCAGGUGUGAUGCCCCCUAUGAUGGGCCCCAGGCACCCCGGGGCCCCGAAUGGCAUGUACACGGGGCCGCCUCCUCCUCCUCCUCCUUCGUCUGCACAGCCUGAUGGGAUACCGCCAGGUCCAGUGACAUCACUUCCUGUUCGCCCUCCUGAAAACUAACACACUCACUCGUGUUUCCUCUUGAACACAGCUUCUGAUAUAGAUCUGCUCUCACACCUUUACACACACACACACACACACACACACACACACACACACACACACACACACACUUUGUGCUACUGAUACACACAUUUAACACUGUUAACUCCAAGCUGGGAAAUGGCUUCUAACCUUGCUGUGUGUGUGUGUGUGUGUGUGUGUGGCAGUCAAGACAAGCUUCCUUUCUUUCCUAUCUCUUAGAAUCUACCUCUGUGCUGGUGUGUGUGUGUGUGUGUGUGUGUGUGUGUGUGUGUUUGGCCUUUAGAGCUUCUGAGCUCCUGAUAUAGUUCUGCUUUUCUCUACCUCUGUCUCUGCUACCUCUGUCUCCCUCUUUCUGUUCAUCUCUCCCUCAUUCACUCACUCACUCACUCACUCAUUUUCUCUAUCAUGUCCCUCACACCUCUCUCUCUCUCUCUCUCUCUCUCUCUCUCUCCCCUAAUCCAGCUCUCUCUCCAUCCAUUUCUCUCUCUCUGCCCAUGUGACUGCUGCGUUACUGCUGUGUGGAGGUUUAAUUAUCCUCCUUUUCCUCAGGUGAUCGCUUUUCCCACAUUACACUACACACACACACACACACACACACACACACACACACACACACACACACACACACGCUUGUGUAGCGCUUCCACACUGUAUCGUUCUGUCUAACAGGAGCUCUCUCUCUCUCUCUCUCUCUCUCUCUCUCUCUCUCGGUUAUGUAUGAUGAUGAUGAUGAUGAUGUAUUUUUAAGAGAAUAAACGUGUAGACGCCUCUGUUCCCGGCACAUUGAGCUUUUUAACGUGUAUGUGGUACUGAAGCCCUGAAAUAAACUGCUGUGGCUCUUUUUAUACGCA